AUGUUACCCUUUUUAAUGAAUAUAAUUUGGCUUAUAAAUUUUUUAAGUAUAAAAGAAAUAGAUUCUUCGUGUUUUGUAAAGAAAUAUGAAGAAAAACAAUAUAUAAAAGAAUUAAAAGAACUCUAUAAUGAUAUUAGCAAUACAGCUCUUAUAAACUUAUUAUGUAAGUUUAUCAUUGAGUAUCCAAUUAAUGCUGUUUUAAAUUCUUUUAAUAAUAAUAUC